GUUACGCGGAAUUCGGAGUGCGUCGAGUGGAGUGCGCCUUUUAAUUGUGAUCUGAAGGGCAAAGGACAUGAGCAACCAAUCAUAACAGACCAAGAGACGCUGUCAAGGACCCUUCUCUUUGUGGACUGCUCUUGCACCAUUAACUUCUAUAUGUUAUUAUCAAGGAGGACAAAAGGAUAAGUCGCGGCGGCACAUGCGUCUUCAACGAAACGUCAUCUCGGCUAUUUCUCCGAGACACCGCUGUGGAUAGGCUGCGCAGUGUCAUGAGAUGUGCGUUCGGCACCGUAGCCUCUGUGAUUCAAGACAUUAGUGUUGAAUCGUAAAUAAGUGAUUUUUGUCCUUUUUAAACGUUUUUAGAGACAAGGAUACAAUAUCGCAAAAUAUCUUAUCGGGACUAUAAAUGGACCUGUAGUCACGCUACUACUGACGCUCAACCACGGACCGUUUCACGGGUUUCUGGCCAACAAUGGGCGAAUGUAACCGGUUUACAUACCCGAACCUCUGGCUUUGGAAUAUUGGGGGCCAUCAUUCAAAGUUCACACAACUCUCAGUAAAAUAGAUGCAACCAAACUGUAUUGAAUUGAACGUGAACGACUGAGAUUUAUUAAACUAGGCUAUUUGUCAAUAUGCAGGCUAUUUGUCAAUAUGCAAAAUGCAUAUGUGUGCGCUUGAUUGCCAAGAAUAAUUUGGCCGAUUGAUGGCAUUCGAUUAUAAAUUGUUAUAUUGUAGACAAAUACAUUGUGCAAUUGUUGAUGAAUUAAGUUACAAUCUCAAGCCACUCAUUUGAGUGUUAGCCUACUCAUUUGCCAUAGACGGAUUCAUAAUUACUUGUAUGUAUACAUGAAUAUAUUUCACCUUCUUAACAAACGGAAAGGGAAUGCCACCCCGGCUGUCAAUCCAGAACAUGGAACCUAAGGACUGCAGAUUGAAUAUUGAUUGAGUGGAGUGAAAAGACAAAAGAAAAUCAUCAAUUAAUUUACGGAAAAUUAGGCUUUUUGGAGUUCUGCACAAUGGGGAUUAUGCUUCAAGUUAUUCUAGGAAUGUUUCAGUUCCUCUUGCUCUCCAGAAUACCCACGUCCCAUGCUAAGCUAGCCCACUGGAGACCUGCGGACACCACCCCCAAAUCUAGAGAAGUGCGUCGGUGGUUGGAGGUGUACUCUCGGAGUGGUUGUGAGCCCAGGGAUACCCUGGUGGAGGUGUGGCGGGAGUUGCCGGGAGAGACGCAUCACCUCUUCGUGCCUUCCUGUGUGUCGGUCCGCCGCUGUGGUGGGUGCUGCUCCGACGAGGCACUGGAGUGUGUGCCCUCACUCACACACUCUAUCACCAUGGAGCUAAUGAAGACCUCCUUCAUGAAGCAUGAGCUCACUGAGCUGGACUUCGUUGAGCACAGCCAGUGUGAGUGCAGACUAAAAGAGAAUCUUCAAUCAGCCCCUACCAGGCCUGCAAAGCCUCCGAGGAAAGGCAGGAAAAGGGAGAGAGGAAAAUCCAAAAGAAAGAAAAGUGGAACUAUACCCUCCUCUCCCCCCACUACGCUCUCUCCUCCCCCGACCACCCCGUCUCCCUUGCCAGGCCCUCGAUGUACCCCCUGUCCUGGGAGGAAGUGGACACUCGAUUUGCAUUCGUGUCGGUGUCGCUGCAACGUGACCACAGAGAGCUGCAGUCAGAAAGGGAGGAGGCUCAACCAGCACCUCUGCAGAUGUGAGGCCAGGAGGCGGUGAUGCUCUUUCUCUCCGCUGGUUCCAGACUCACUCUCAUCCAUGCUCAUCCACUCUCAUCCAUGCUAAGCAGAAGUCUGGGUAACAAAGAGGAGUGGAGGAUGUACCUCUAACUCUCCUCUUCCUUGUCCUCCAGAACCACCAAGUCAGUGCAGUAUUACAACGUAAAUAUAUGUACAUGUGUGUAGAGCUGUAUAUGUGUAGUCAGUCUCAUCACACAGCUUAUUCAGGCGCUUAGCUGCUAUCGUCCAGUCAACAUGUAUGUAACACUCUCCUUCACAAGAGUAAAUGAUGGGACCAAAUGUAAAGCACAGUUUAGAUGUCUGGUAACAUGAGGGCGAUGUGAGGUAGCAAGUCGCCAGGACGUUAGUUGUGGACCAGACAGAAUUCAACGAUCACACCUCCAAUGCUGUAUGGGACAUUGGGACUUUGGACAUGAAGAGGAUUUAAAGACUGAUCACAGAUCAGAUUUAACAGACGUGUUCAUGUUGAGUUUUGUUGUCUUCAUAGACAUGGUGGGUCAGUUUUGCCCAUGAACUGCUAUUGGACUGUUUUGCAGAAAGACAAUGGCAACAGACAUAAUGAUCCUGAUAUUGAUAGGUGUGUUAUAUUUUGUGUACAGGGAGACCCCCGAUAGGAGAAUGAUUCCAGGGUCAAGUCAUUAAAGUGCAGUAAGGAUAUAGAAAAGUGAAUGAACAUACAUGCACACACGCACACAUGUACACACACACAUGCACACACGUACCAGCUAUUUGUUGUGUGUAUAAAGCCGUCAGGGAUACCCCAUGGACCUAUAGCUAAGUGAGUUGAAUAGCUGCAUAGACUGUAUCUGUGUGGUCUACACACUAAAUGGCACAGAUGGGUUAACAUGCCACAGUUAGUCUCUCUCAUUCACAGCAUAUGGUCACAGGCUGGAUCAUUGAGGGGUUUCACAGGCUGAAUCACUGAGGGGUUUCACAGGCUGGAUCAUUGAGGGGUUUCACAGGCUGGAUCAUUGAGGGGUUUCACAGGCUGGAUCACUGAGGGGUUUCACAGGCUGGAUCACUGAGGGGUUUUACAGGCUGGAUCACUGAGGGGUUUUACAGGCUGGAUCACUGAGGGGUUUUACAGGCUGGAUCACUGAGGGGUUUCACAGGCUGGAUUAUUGAGGGGUUUCACAGGCUGGAUCACUGAGGGGGUUUACAGGCUGGAUCACUGAGGGGGUUUACAGGCUGGAUCACUGAGGGGGUUUACAGGCUGGAUCACUGAGGGGGUUUACAGGCUGGAUCACUGAGGGGGUUUACAGGCUGGAUCACUGAGGGGUUUCACAGGCUGGAUCACUGAGGGGGUUUACAGGCUGGAUCACUGAGGGGUUUCACAGGCUGGAUCACUGAGGGGGUUUACAGGCUGGAUCACUGAGGGGUUUCACAGGCUGGAUCAUUGAGGAGGUUUACAGGCUGGAUCACUGAGGGGGUUUACAGGCUGGAUCACUGAGGGGGUUUACAGGCUGGAUCACUGAGGGGUGUUCUGUCAUCUGUUUGAUUUGGUUUUUGUCUCCAUCUCUCCGCUCUGGAGUGAAUGAGCUGUUCACGCCGACAGGGCAGUGAGGGGAAUGACAAUGAUGAGGCUUGGCUAUGGUCCAAAAGGGUUCACACACAUACACACACUUCUGAUUAGAAAUGAAUGCAAUAUAAGAGUCUAAAUAAGUCCAAAUGUUUGUUUCUGUUUAAUUCUCUUUGUAGAAUUUGUUAUAUUUUGGCAUAAUUUUGUCCAGUUGACUUAUUAGAUGUUGUAUAUUGUGGAAUGUUUCUUUGUUUUGUUUUUAUUUGUCCAUAAUCCGUCUACAUAAAGAGUCCCUCUGGGUGGCCGACAAAGACCACUAGGUAGACAUCAGGCAUUUAAACAUAUCGCCACCUGUGUAGAAUUUUAAACAGGGAGAGAGUUCUCAAUGGCAACAAAAUAGGACACAAUAUACAUUCUAAUGGGUAACUAAAAUAAUCACCAGAAAAAUGAUGUCUAGCAAAUACACAUUCCCACUGCAGUAAAAAUAAACCAUUUAGUUCUCUGUCUGUGUGGGAUAUGUAGAGCUGUGAGGUUAGGAUACAGCUACAAUAUUUGUUAGAACCCCAUUCAACACUGAAAAUAGUUAAUUUCUACUUAACAUUGUUCAAGCUUCCAAUCUGUACCUCUUCUUAGCAGUGCUGGAACCCCACUAAUGUAAUUCCUGAGCCUGUGUCACAUUCCAAAUGUUAUUCCACUGACAUUCCUUUUUAUAUUGUCCUUUCAUUUCAAACUCAGUCUGAAAAGUCUCUUUUCACUAAGCAAUACGUAUGGUCUCUGAUUCACUAAGCAAUACGUAUGGUCUCUGAUUCACUAA